AUGCUAUCAGAAGUUCUGUGGGCUUUCAGGACUUCAAAGAGGACAGCGACAGGGACAACCCCCUAUGCACUGACCUUUGGUCAUUAUGCCAUCCUUCCUAUGGAGGUGACCAUGAAGUCCCUACGAGUGGCAAGACAAUACGAGAUGUCCCCCAGUCAGUACAAAGAUUCCAUGAUGGCUGAGCUCGAUGACCUGGACGAAGAGUGUUUGUUGGCCCUUGACCGAGUACAGGCCCAAAAAGCCAAGGUGGCUAAGGCCUAUAACAGAACGGUCAGGCCUAUGGUGUUCGUUGAGUCUGACCUAGUUUUAAAAGCAUUGUUACCAAUUGGGUACAAGGAUCCCAAAUUUGGGAAGUGGUCGCCUACUUGGGAAGGACCGUUUGUUGUGCAUCAGGUCUUAAAGGGUGGGGCAUAUCGCUUGAGAACAGUGGAGUGCCAAGUGCAGCUAAGGCUGUUGAAUGGCAAGUACUUGAAAAAUUACCACCCAACAAUGUGGGAGGUCACAAAAUGA